AUGGCAUCACUUUUUGAUUCGAACCUUUUUGGAGCUCUACAUCACCCAGACUACUGGAAUUGCAACCCAAAUUCAUGGGGGAGUUUGAGUGAUUGGGAUAUAUACUAUAUCAAUCAUACAUCUGGUAGCACAAAAAUGAAAGCACAUUGGUCACUUGGAUUGGAACUUAAAGUUCUUCUAAAAAGGCUUUCAAAAACAAGCCAUGGUUAUUAUAAGGUAAUUGAAUUACAAAAGUUAUUGAAGGAUUGUCAUAACAAUCCAGUGAAUAUUGAAUUGUGGCAAGAACACUCUACAAAAUUAGGAAGGCUAGCUGUUGAAAAUCGAAUAAACAAUCAUGAGAUCCUAACUGUUGGAAUACAUGCUGCAACUAUUGCAGUGGCAACUGAGUUUCCCAAAGAAAAAACCAAGGAAGAAAAAAUACAAGAGAAGUUCUGGACAGUAGACGAUUUUGAUGAUAACAAGGAGAAUGGCUAUGAGCCAGGUGACAUUGAUAUUGAAAGCUGGUAUGAACUUGACAAACAUCAGGACAAAGAUGUUGAUGUUAAUCAGGAAAUUAUGAGAAAAGACCAAGCUGGCAAAGUAAAUGAUGAUACUGAUGAAAAGAUUGUCACUACAUCAAACACAUCCUUAUGUAAUCCAACUGAUGAUGAUGAAUUCACUAUGCAAGACAAGGAAUUGUUUAUGCAACGAUUUGAGACCAUGAAAAAUGAGAAAAAAUGGAAGCUCAAGACAGGGAUAUAUGUGGAAGAUAUCUUGUAUGAUUUGGGAAAGAAAUCUAAAUUUCACAACCUCAUCCAUUCCUUUAUUGUUGAUCCUGAGGACAAAUUUCUGCAAUCAGGAUUUACCACUGAUGAACUUACAGAGAUCUGUGAAACAAUGACCAUGCAAGAAGCACCUCAAAUAAAAGAUGAACUAUUGGAAUAUAUUGAUACCUUUGCAAAGACCUCCACGAAAGACAUACGUGAAGCACUAUAUGCUUCUCACCCCAGACUUUGUCAUGAUUAUAAUCCUCUCGUCAAUUUCGCUUAUGAACAUGUGAGAACAACAGUUGCUGAUUGGUAA